GACUGCAGUUUCCUUCUCUUCCCAACGGAUACCUGGCCUUUCAGUUGCUCAAGGUCGCCAGUGAUUUUGGGACAACAGCAGCUGAAAAGCCCACAGAACUUUACAAUGGACAGCUCAGCAUCAACGUUGGAGCCUUUGUUGGCGUUCUUCGCUUACUCAAUGUCGAAACUGGAGUCAACUUUUUACAAAGUGCCAGGAUCUGCGGUUCUGGCACGCUAUGUUAGAUCUUCGCACCAGAACGACCCCGGACGAACAUUACUUGAGCUUAUCCUUAUUGUUUUUGCUAUUAGAACACUUUUACAGUCACGCACUCGGACGGAUAGAUCAGGGAAGAAUUUCAUUAAGUUCAAUGAAAAGGAAAUAGACGAACUUGUAGACGAAUGGACUCCAGAGCCUCUCGCACAGCCCCUCUCAGAAUGGGAACAGAAGGAUCUUGCUUCAGUUCCCGUCAUCUCUGGCGCCAAUGGCCCUAAGGCCAAAAUCUUGUCCACUGGCAAGACGGUCACCAACCUCGCCAGCUUCAACUUCACCGGUCUUGCAGGCAACGAGCAGAUCAAGCAGCAUGCUAUAGAUACUCUACGCAAGUACGGCCUGGGCAGUUGUGGACCCCCUGGAUUCUAUGGAACUUUAGACGUGCAUCUCGAUUUGGAGCGGGACAUUGCAGAAUUCCUUGGAACAGAGGCAUCGAUUCUCUGCUCCCAAGGGUUCUCCACAAUUUCAUCGGUUAUCCCUGCUUUCUGCAAGCGUGAAGAUUUUAUAGUCGCGGAUCGUGCUGUGAACUUUUCCAUACAGAAAGGCAUUCAAAUCUCACGUUCAACGGUUCGAUGGUACGAUCACAAUGACCUGAAGAGUUUGGAAGACGCCUUGCAAAGUGUGGAGAAAGAAAGGAAGAAGAGAAAGAUGCCGCUUACCAGAAGAUUCAUCAUUACGGAAGGUAUAUUUGAGAGGGAUGGAGAGAUGGUAGAUCUGCCUAAAAUAAUCGAACUGAAACUCAAAUACAAAUAUCGAUUAAUUUUGGACGAAAGUAUCUCCUUUGGUACGGUAGGUAGAACUGGUAGAGGACUGACAGAAUUAUAUAAUGUACCUGCCUCUCAAAUCGACAUGCUAAUCGGAUCGGUGGCUAACGGACUUUGCUCAGGGGGCGGGUUCUGUGCGGGUUCUAUGAACGUGGUCGACCAUCAGCGUAUCAACGCUCCUUCGUUUGUAUAUUCAGCAUCUAUGCCUGCGCUCCUUGCGACGACUGCCUCUGCAGCCAUUACACACUUGCGCAACACCCCCUCGGUGCUAACAAUGUUGCAAGAGAAUAUCCGUACGCUACGAAGUGUAUUGGACAAAGCAAAUGGGAUUACUGUACUUGGACACCCAGCUAGCCCAAUCGUCCACUUCCAGCUGCGUUCGUCUCAAGGUGGGAGCUAUGAAGGGGAGUCACGUGUUCUGCAAGAGAUAGUUGAAGAUGCGCUCGCUCAAGGGGUGCUACUUACUCGGGCUAAACACCUGAAAGGCCAGGAACUGAUAGAGAUGCCACCAACGAUCAGGAUUGCGGUUACCUCGGCCAUGACUAAGAAGGAGGUUGAGAAGGCCGCGGGAGUUGUGAAGACAUCUAUUGCGCGGGUCUUGGGUAAGAGGAGAUAAAAAGUUUAUGGAGUAGCAUAUGGAUCGGAACGCAUCACUGGGUACAUUUAUAUAAAUUUAUGAUAAUAGUAUGAAAUCUUGAGCUCGCAAUUGGCU